AUGAAGUACUCCGAGAAGGCAAAGGUCAAAAUUUUGCCCAAACCAGCUCCAGCCACGCACUCACCCCAAACCCCAUCUCCAUUGGUGUCCGUAUCGCCUAAAUACGCCAAUUCACCCACAUUACCAGCACGCAAACGUUCAAAAUCUGCAACAGCAACAGUGGCGACGACAAGCUCUACUGCUUCCAAAGGAAGUCCUAAAGUGAAGAGAGAAAAGAAAUCAAGUACUGCUAGUAGUAGUACUAAUAGCGUGUCACCUCGUGAGCACAACAGUACCAAGCCAACGAAGAACACACAGAAGGAUCCUUCAUCACAAAAACAGUCCAAACAAACAGGUCAUAGACCUGUCACGUCGUGCACUUUUUGUCGUCAGCACAAAAUCAAAUGUAAUGCGCUUGAUAAUCACCCACAACCAUGUGAGCGAUGCGAAAAGAUGGGGUUGAAAUGCGAAAUUGACCCAGAGUUUAGACCUAAGAAGGGGUCGCAGAUACAAUCUUUGAAGCUGGAUGUUGAUGAGUUAAAGGAAAAAAUUGACCUCUUGACGAAGAACGAGUCACUUUUAACUCAAGCAUUGAGUCAGCAUAAUUUUGGCUUUGUUUCUCAAGCAACAUCAACUUCACCUAAUGUGCAUCCACAGAAUCUGCCACAACAACAACAACCGCAAUCGCAAUCGCAAUCGCAAUCGCAGACAAAAAAUCCUUCGCAUCCACAGCCACAAAAAAGUUACCUGUAUCCUGCUAUAAGCCCCAUAGUUUUGCCCUCAUCUUCUUCGUUUGCACAAAGUCCUCAGAUGUCACCUAUCUCAUCAAUAACACAAAUACAUCGAAGCUCUCCUUUAACGCAUGAUAAUUCCGACAAUUCACCUUCAGCAAUCGGUAAUUUUGAGGUGAACCACGAAAAUUAUCAGCCUAUUUCAGAGUUUGCCUUGGGCAAUGUUACUUUACCCUUAGCCAAGGCUAAUGAAUUACAUCAACGUUUUAUGACGAGAAAUUUAAAAUAUUUUCCCAUUAUCAAUUCACGCUCAGCUACAGAGUUGUAUCACAAAUCAAAUUUAUUGUUUUGGGUGGUGAUCUUGACUGCAAGCUUAGGAGAACCGGAACCGACUUUGUACAUGUCAUUAGCAUCUUUAAUCAAACAGUUGGCAGUUGAAACAUGUUGGAUCAAAACCCCACGAUCUACGCAUGUCAUUCAGGCAUUGAUUAUUUUGUCCAUCUGGCCGUUGCCAAAUGAAAAAGUGCUUGAUGAUUGUUCCUACCGAUUUGUUGGAUUGGCCAAGAACUUGUCAUUACAGUUGGGAUUACACAGAGGUGGAGAGUUUAUUCAAGAGUUUAGUCGAAAUCAAGUCAGUUUAGGUCCCGAUGCCGAAAAAUGGAGGACUAGAUCAUGGUUGGCUCUAUUCUUUUGCGAACAGUUUUGGUCCUCUUUGUUGGGGUUGCCCCCAAGUAUCAACACUACUGAUUAUCUAUUGGAAAAUGCUAGAGUCGAUCAGUCAUUGCCUAAAGAGUUUCGUUGUUUGAUUUCAUUGUCAAUUUUCCAAUGUAAAUUGGUCAAUGUUAUGGGGAUUAGCGUUACUAGACCUGAUGGGUUGUUGGAGCCGCUGAAUCGCGCUGGGUCAUUGAAUUUGUUGGAUAGAGAGUUGGAGCGAUUACGAUUCAAGCUACAAAUUGAAGAAGGUUCACCUAUUGAGGUGUAUUACCUCUAUGUCAAAUUAAUGAUUUGCUGUUUUGCAUUUUUACCUGGCACACCAAUUGAAGAUCAAGUCAAGUAUGUUAGCUCGGGUUACUUGUCCGCGACCAGGAUAAUCACAAUUGUUUCCAAAAUGAAUCAGGAGACAAGUUUGAUCGAAUUGCCAAUAUAUAUCCGACAAGCGGUUUCGUAUUCAGUGUUGUUGCUUUUCAAAUUGCAUUUAUCAAAGUACCUUUACGAUAAGUAUAUUGAUUCCGCUAGACAAUCAAUUGUUACUGUGCACAGAAUGUUUCGAAACACCUUGAGUUCGUGGCAAAACCUACAAAAUGACAUGUCUAGAACGGCCAAAGUUUUGGAGAAUUUAAACAUUGUUUUGUACACUUAUCCAGACAUUUUCUUGCACGAUGAUAAAGAUGAUGGGUCUAGUAUUAUAUCACGAAUGAGAUCGCAUUUGACCGCUUCGUUGUUUUAUGACUUGGUGUGGUGCGUUCAUGAAGGGAAACGAAGAACUGCAUUGGACAAAGGUAAACCGCCAACAAGAAGAAUUGAAGCCCACGAUAAAAAGCUACUUCCUUUGCCAUUUUACAAUCAAAUCACUAAAGACGAUUUCACUGCAAUCACUACUACCACUCCUAACGGAACCACCAUCACCACAUUGGUUCCUACUGAUGAGGCCAUGAACCAAGCAAAACUGAAUGCUGGAGACAAUCAGCCAUUAGAAAUUAACGGUAUCCCAUUGACAAUGUUGGAAGCAACCGGAUCAACUAGAGAUAUAAUGAAUGUACAAGAGCCGGAGCGAGAGGUUGCUGUGAAGACGGAGUCAGGAUUGCCGCAACAACAUCAGCAGCAGCCAUUGCAGCAUCACCAAGCUACACCGAUUCUAGCAUCUAGCGUCCCACCUCAACUCCAACAACAACAAAUGCACACACACACAUUACCACCUUUCCAAUUUAAUCAAUUGCCUCCGCCACAAACUUACUUGCCAACAAUUGAAGAAGUCAACGUUAACGAGCAGUUUCCAGUACUCAACAACCGCCACCACCAACAACAUCCACCACCACCACCAACAACAACAACAACAACAACAACGCAGCCAAAUGGGGUGGUUGGCAAUUUACCUGGCUCUGCUCCUGUCCCAGGACCAGGAUCGUUUGUUUCUCAAAUUGAUAAUUUUUUCCAGCAGCAAUCAAAUGGCUGGAUGGACAAUCAGGACGACGAUUUUUUGGGAUGGUUUGAUAUUACCAUGUUAUCCGAUUAA